AUGCUAUCCAGGAUACUGAAUAUUGCUGAAAGUUGUUGUUGUGAUUAAGAGCCACAAGGUCCCCAUUGCUUUAUCUGGGGACGAGCUUCUAGAAAGCAGCAUAGCCCGGUGAUGCUGCUGCUGCUGACUGCAUUUCAGUCUGGAUUGGCUCUGAGCUCUAGCAUGUUGGUGCUGCUUCUGGAACUGGAAGCAUAGCGUCUCCUCCACCCUUCUGUGCCUUUCUGCUGAUAUACAGAAAAUAGUCAUUUAGAGGGAUUUUUUUAAAAAUUUUAUUUUUUGAUGGACCUGAAGACUGCAACCAAGGAAACAGAUGUUUAAAAAUACUAGAAGGAUGAUUCUUUUAUUUUUUGUUUUUAUUAUUUUGUUCUGGACUCUUAUUUUGUAUGAAGCAGUCUCAUCCUUGGAUCCUCUUAUGACGGAUGGCUUUGAAUUUUGAACAGUUGGCUAAAGCUUACAUCUCUUGGGUAUUUGCUGAUGUUCUUCUGUGACAUGGGAGGCUUUAGAACAAAAUGUUUUUUUCAUAAUUCUCCCUUACCAAUAUAAUUAAGAAGAGGGUUUUUUUUUCUACUAUACUGCUGAAGUGAAAAUCCAUUGUGGUUUGUGAUUCUUCCUACCAUUCACUCUAGUGCACCACAUUGGCCUCUCCAUGGAAGCAUCCAUACAUAUCUGAUAUAAGGACCAUUCUCAGAAGCUCAGGAGGGGGAAUGGCUCUUCAUAUUCAUGAAGCCUGCCUAUUUCUGUUGCUAAUUCCUUCUUUGGUCACUCCAGCUGCUUUCAAUCAUGAAGACUACCCUGCAGAUGAAGGUGAUCAGGUUUCAAAUAAUGAUAAUAAUCUGAUUUUUGAUGACUAUCGGGGGAAAGGAUGUGUAGAUGACAGUGGUUUUGUAUACAAACUUGGGGAGCGUUUUUUCCCUGGCCACUCCAACUGUCCGUGUGUUUGUACCGAGGAUGGGCCUAUUUGUGAUCAACCAGAGUGCCCCAAAAUCCACCCAAAGUGUACUAAAGUAGAACACAAUGGAUGCUGUCCAGAAUGCAAAGAAGUGAAGAACUUUUGUGAAUACCAUGGGAAAAGUUACAAAAUCCUAGAGGAGUUUAAGCCCUCGCCAUGUGAAUGGUGCCGUUGUGAGCCCAGCAAUGAAGUUCACUGUGUUGUAGCAGAUUGUGCCGUCCCUGAAUGUGUCAACCCAGUCUAUGAGCCAGAACAGUGUUGUCCAGUCUGCAAAAAUGGUCCAAACUGCUUUGCAGGAACCACCAUCAUCCCGGCUGGCAUCGAAGUCAAAGUGGACGAGUGCAACAUCUGUCACUGCCAUCACGGGGACUGGUGGAAACCCGCCCAGUGCUCCAAGCGUGAAUGCCAAGGCAAGGCGGCUGCGUAGGGCAAAGCUUCCAGCAAUGACCUUUGCACCCCCAUUGUGACAGCUUCCCAAGCUGAAUCUGCCAGCUGCAGUUGGGUCACCAGCAAAACCUUUUAGGGUUAAAUGAGACAAUUUUACCUGUGAGCUUCUUAUCUUCAUCUCUUUUCCUCUCUGAAAACAAACCUAUGGAGCUUGACAUUAUAGCAAGCGACACAGGUUGGUCAACUAGCUUAGGAAUGGAACUUUCUACAGAGCUUCUUCUGGUAAGGGUUUAUGUUUUCUCCACCACGUGGGGAUAAUUGAAAAGAAAAAUGUAUGCUCUAAUUUUGAUAGGAAACAAGCUGAAGCCAACCAGUGUAAGCAGUCAAUAUUCAUCCAAGAGAUUAUACAACCUAAGAAAAUCAAACUCUUAAGAUCAGCACUCAACAACACAUCCCAGUGUCACUUGGUUCCAUCAUCAUUUUCCCCACCUCUUUGAUUCUAGGAAAGGGGGAAAGAAACUGCAGCUUCCUAGAGAGUCGCCUUUCCCGAACGCAUCAGACUCAAGAUCCCCAUUCAGGUUAAUUUUAGUGGCAAUUCCUGCCCUCUUUGGCCUCUCUCCAUCUUUGAAUAAUCUCAGCAUGAAUGUAGAAAUCAGCUGGUUCUUAGGAGAUCAUAUGUCCAUCUCUACUGGAAGAAAUCAUCCGAUAGAGUUGCAAUUCAUGACUAUCCAAGUGUUAAUUAUCAGCACAAAUAUAUUUUAAAACAGUUAAUGCUGAAUAACAUUCCUAUAAAUUGGAUGGGGUGGGGGAAUCACACAAAAGAUUUAUUUCACCAGGAUGCCUGGAAAUCAAGACACAAUGUAAUCCCAUAUUUUAUUUUAUUUUUGGCUUAAGAGCCCAAAGAAAAUUAACUGUGAAAGUUUCCUGAAUUAAAUUUAUGUUUUUCAUUUUUCUUUUCAGUAUUCAUUUCUAAUUCCAACGAAGAAGUCCUCCUUGUUUGAGCUUACAUGCAUAUAUUUGGGGCUAAAUUAAUAGGGACAACUUUUUGCCAUUGUUCCAUUUCUUCUUAGGUAAAAUAUCUCAUGAAAAAAACAUAAUGUUCCAAAUCUAUUUUAAAUUUUUCAAUUUCUUGGAAGAAAUUGAGAUCAUUUCCUAUACAAUAAUUUUAGACAUUAGUAUAAAUAUGUUCCAUGGAGAGAAAAUUGUGUUAACUGGAAAACAACUGAAACACCAAAGUCCCAGAAAUAUGUAUUAUGUGAUGAAAUUUUGCACCUAUCAUCAACCAUUUUAUUAGGUAGGGAAAUGGAGUCACACCCCCCUGUUUCUGCAACCUGCCUAGAAAAGAUGUAAGCAAGGAUGUUAACUAUGGAACAGAAAUAGGUUUUUGCAUAUUGUUUCUCCAGAAAUGCAGACUGACAUUAUGCCAAACAUAAUAUAACACCCCCAAUCUCCCCACCCCCCUCUUUUUAAAUCCAGGCUCCAUCUGGAUAAGACUUAAAAUAAACGAAAUGUUGCUUACCUUUGUGUUAAGAGAUUAUGCUGCAUACAUAAAGUGCAGAUAAUUGUAUGAGUAGAAUUGGACAAUAAAUCAAGGCAAUAUACCCUAUGAACAAAAGUAUAAAAGGUGAAAUUAAUAGCUACUUAAUUAUGGAAGCAGUAAUGGGUGAAAAUUAAGCUUGAACUUCCAUAUUUUAGCAAUUAAAAUAAAUUGUGACAAAGGUUCACUUGAAUUGUGAUCUUCUCCUUUGGUUUGGAUCUAUUCUCUAUAGUUGCCAUUUGUUUUUAGUUAUGUGGAAAGACCAGUUGUGGCUCCCCCGCCUUUUACAUAAUUUGACCAAAAGACUGUAUGAAAUAAAAGGAAAGACCAAAUGCCAUGUAAGUUUUGAGUAGCAUGUUACCUCAAGCAUUGUGGAUUCUCAUCCAUAAGCUUUUUUCUGUGUUUAAUGCCCUUGAUAUAAAGCACUGAGAUAAAAGUGGUGCCCUGUGAUAUGAACAAGCUGAUUUGGCUUUUUCUCAAACUAAUAGAAAGCCUCAAAGCAUCAAUACUUGGACACAAGAGGGAUCUGCAUUUGCUCUGCUCAUCUAACGUCAUAUCAGGCAACUCUUCAUUAAUAAACUAAUUUGAACAAUGGUUGGCAGCUGUGUUCAAGAAUUCAUGAAUGCAGAUUAGUAAAUUAUUCAGGUAUAAUUUUUCAGAGAUCUCCUCACUUUCCCAUUCCAUGACAGAUUCAUUUUCUGUUUUUGCUUCCUUCGAAAUACAAAUAAACUAAAGCAGAUCUUUGAAUAAGAAAUAAAUGACAUUCCUGGGCUUUUGAAAACCAGGACAAGGCUAAGUAGGGCUAGAAAGCAUUGCAGCCUAUGUUUUAUUGACAAAUUCCAGAAUCUUUGGAAGAAAAGAGAAAAAAAUGAUUGGCUAAGAUCCAUCAAAAGACAAGCCUACUAGAAGUGGUUCAGAGAAUUUAUUGGAGUCGAGAAGUCUGAAUUCACACAAAAUAAACUUUGUACGGAAGAACACACUGGAAGCUAUCACUUGCAGACAAGAUCUUUAUUAAGAAAAAGUCUGGGUCUGGGAUUUAAUUACCAUAAGCUGCUUUAAGGAGCCCUUUAUAAUACCAUAAUUUUUUGACAAAGUGAUUCAAAGUUGCAAGCUUAUAAUUUGGAAAGGAGCAUUUGUGCAUGUCAAAAGCUCAUUUGUGGAGCUUCGUGAAGGCUUAAGCCAAAGUUAGAGUAUCUAUUGUGGAGCUUUGCUAGAACCCCAAUUUGAGAGACAUAACACUCUUUUGAAAGAAGGUAUUUAAAAAGUUCUCACUUAUGCAGGAGGAGGAGGAGGCACCGUUUUACACCACCAUGCAAAUGUAGUGAUUAAGGCAUCCGGCUAGAAAGCAGGAGACCCAACAUCCUAGUCCCUCAUAGGCACAAAGUCAGCUGGGCGAUUUGGGCCAGUCCCUUCCUUUCAGCCCUGAGAGGCAAAUGGCAAAAGACUUGAAAAAUCUUCUCCAGCCUUUUUAAGAGUUUUAUAUUUUUUCAUUUUCAUAUAAAUAACCACAUGUAUACCAUUACAUCAAUACUAUUUU